UUCUUAGGAGUAGAUACCCGGGAAGGGACUAGGGCUUUUCCCUUACUCUGAGAAAAUAGAUAACAGCCUCAAACAGGCAUACGAAAAGCGGGGAAAUCCCGAACUCAAGUCAGCCAAUCAAUGGUGACUAUGGGAAUGGAGACACCGGUGGGGGGGAACGGGAUAAGAAUUGGAAAAAAAAGGAAUCGAGCGCCUUUUUCGUUAGUUCAAAAUCGAAUGGCUCAUUGUUACGUUCUGUGCUAGUCGUCGCUGGUGAUUGAAUGUGCUCUUUUGGCUCAGUUUGGUGUGAUAUGCAAAUGUUGUAAAUCGUCGUUUUUUUCUUUAGUAGUGUUGUGUCAUAUUUAAUCUCCCGACAUGCCGAAACGAAAGUCACCGCAGACGCUGGUGUCGGAAUGUUUGAAAACCGUCUCCUGUUCGAUUGAAUGGUUCGCGUUGCAUCAUUACCCACAAUUCGACUGCCUCACCAGUGAUUUAACUGGCCAGAUUUUCAAUCGCUUGAAAACUAUUCCGGGGUUAUCUGCUAGUCACUUUCAACUGGUUUUAACGGACCAUUUGAAUGGAAUUGACCUUUCCAAUCCGUAUCAGCACGACAGUUGGGAUUAUUACAUGGACAUCGCACUCGGUAUCAUUUGUCGACGUAAACCGAAUUUGUUGCGAAUUAAUUUAUCCAACGUCCUUCGCAUUCCGGAUAUUUUCUGGACUGACAUUGUUCCCUCGCUGGAUUACCUUCGAGUCAUUAGUCUCCGUUCGACCAAUUGCGCUGAUCAACAAGUUCUCACCCUCAUCAAACACUGUCAGAAUUUAAGGGAAUUGGACCUGUCGCUGUGCGAGCGCGUUACCAAUUGGAGUGUGUCGAAUUUGUGCCAGGAGUCGGCAGUCGGGAUCAAGCUUCAAUUACUGGACGUCAUGCAAACACAGGUGGACGAGCGUGGCAUUCGAUCCGUUGUGGAACGAUGUACAGGACUGAGCAGCCUCAAAUGGCGCAACACAAUCAACGCUCUGGGGCAAAUUUAUCGAGAUCUGGCUUCCGGAACUAGCACGUCGCACAUCACUACUCCGCCCAGCUAUUCCCUGCAUCAGCUGAUCAGUGACAGUUCAUAUCGACUGUACAGUUUACAAGGUGCCGUCCAGCUCUGCCGCCAGGCCGUACAAGUUGGUGAUACUUUUAAUGAGUUGAUUCGUUCUUCUUCUAUUAAUUGUGUUACAUCUCCGGACACACAGGUGAUCAUCGAUGGUCCGUCGCUGCUGCUGGCCGAAGAGCUUCAAGCGCUGGAACAUUUGCACUGCCUGCGGGAGCUGCGGGUCGUGCUGGGCAGUCACACAAGGUCUGAGCUUCUGCUGGAUUUCCGCGUAGGUUUCGAUUCGAUUUUAACGAAACACGGAUCGACCCUGCAGCACUUGUCAAUCGGCCGGAUUCGUCGCGUUGACCUGGAACGGAUCGCCCAUUCCUGCCACCAACUCACUUCGUUAUCUCUGGAACUCAAUCACAGCUACAGGGAGACGACGACCAACACUAGGACGACCAUUCAAUCUCUUUCCAAAUUAAAUGUCUCCGUUCGUGAUCGCAAAUCAAAUGAAGAUUCCCACCACGACGUCCCCGCUUCUUGUCUGGCAGCCCUUACUGCAUCGCCCGGCAUCAGACACAUUAAAAUAACGGCCAGUCAGAACAUGAGCGAUGCCAUUUUGUCCGAAAGUCUCGUCGGCCAUGAUCUCGAUAGUCUCGAAUUGGAAUCUUGCUCAAAUAUUUCCAUGAGGAGUCUCUGGUCCGUCAUCCAUCAUUCGAAACGUUUGUCGAACCUGAAAGUCUAUCGCUGUCAAUUAGUCAUCGAUAGCGAAAUCGCCGAGCUUCACAGGAUGAUUGAAGAGCAGCGCUGGGAUCUAGACGUGGAUUACUAUCCCGAUAGCUGAAUGGAUGACCAAAGGCACUCUGCUGGGACUUACACCAAAUUUUUCGUAUUCUUGUUGUUCGAAAUGAUUUUCUUUUUAGAUAAUUUCCAAUUGAAUUUGUGAAAUUAUUAGUUGAACUAAUUUUAAUUUGCGCUCAAGUGACACAGCUCAAGCUCAAUCGAGACUUUGAGCGCAUCUUUCACAUAGGUUUUGAAUUUUAAAAAUCUAAUGUGUAUAACAAUGUCUAUUCUCAGUCUAUUCUUUUGAAUAAAUAUUGUAUUGCAAG